UGAAGUAGGAGUUGCUGUGCGAUCGAGCGAUUUACAAGGCAGGACGGACUACAACAUUAACUUGAAUAUGUUUGGUUACUAUUUACAAACGCAGUAAUAUUAUCGGAUAUUUGCGGUCGGUCGGCUACAAAUAGAGCACUGAGAGGACCGAGGACUGUGAGAUGGCUUUGUCGGCUGUUUAGAAUCCCGUAGUCCCGUAGAAUGGGACGUAUUUGAAGUUUUGUGUUUGUUUUUUGGCGCUCUGGGACAAGAGUGAGAGAGUUUCAUAUGGGCUGUUAGUCCAAAACAAAUCCAAUAACCCAUGUUAGCUUGUCUGCUAACGUGUGUUAAGUUACAUCUGAUUGCAAAAACUUUGGGUUCGAGGAAGUUUUCCUUUUCAGUUGCAUCCAUCCUCCUGCGACGGAUAAAUUAACUUACCACAUCGCGCUGGUCGGGUUCCUGGCGGCCAUGACAUGGUGAAGGAUGACCAAGGCGAGGUUUGGGGAGGGACCCAGGAACGUUGAUGGCUGGAUGUAGAGAUCAAAUGGUCUUCUAAAGAAGCCAUGGGUAGCUGCUGUAGCUGUCCUGAUAAAGACUCCAUCCCAGACAACCAUCAAAGCAAAUUCAAGGUCAUAAAUGUGGACGACGACGGGAACGAGCUGGGCUCCGGCGUGAUGGAGCUGACGGAGGAGGAGCUCAUCCUGCACACACGCAAGCGCCACGCCGUCAGGUGGCCCUACCUGUGCCUGCGGCGAUAUGGCUACGACUCCAACCUUUUCUCUUUCGAGAGCGGACGCCGCUGCCAGACUGGCCAGGGCAUCUUUGCCUUUAAGUGUGCCCGGGCGGAGGAGAUCUUCAACAUGCUGCAGGACAUCAUGCACAACAACAGCAUCAGCGUGGUGGAGGAGCCAGUGCUGGAGCCCAGCCAAGCCCCCGCCGACGCCGCCACUGACAUCCCUCGCACACCACGCACCCCCACCACUCCAGGUUACUCAGUGCCCACACUGCCCAAUGGGAUUGGGCGCUACCCCUCAUUCGGCGAUGCCUCCUCGCGUCCCUCCAGCCGACACCCCUCAGUGGGCAGCGCCCGGCUCCCCUCAGUGGGCGAGGAGUCCACCCACCCGCUACUGGUGUCUGAUGAAACGGUACAUACGUACGUGAACACAACAGGUGUCCAGGAGGACAGGCGGAGUCGAAAUAGUGUCCACGCCCCUCUGGAUCUGCGGUUGUCCAAUCCCGAGAGCCUGGUGCCCUCCUCGCCCAAUGACGCAUCGGAAGGGCGUGUCCUGCUGGAGCCGGAGGGCGUGAAGUUCGUGCUGGGCCCCACCCCGGUGCAGCGGCAGCUCAUGGCCAAGGAGCGGCAGCGAGAGUCAUCGGAGAGCGGUGGCGAGGCAGCGGCAGUGACGGGUGCCAGCGGGGAGCCUGCGGGGACCCCCCCUCCAGCUCCGCCUCCCUCGACGGGGGCCCUCAACGGCUCGGCAGCGCCCUCUUCAGGCCUGUCGGCCGACUGCGACACAGGUUACGACAGUGACGAGCGCAAGGAGACGCCAACGUCCUCGUCCACCAUGUCGUCCUCCACAACGACCACCACGUCAGCUGGAGCUAAAGUGUCGGUGUACGAGCACCACAACGGCACAGCGGCCGCGCCUAACCCUGCCCCGGCAACCGUUCCCCCUGCCGACAGGCCUGCCCUUCCAACACCGGGCCCGGCUCCUGCCACCACCACAACGGUCUCCACUGGUGCCCGUCGGUGCCGGCCGCCCAUCCCCACGCCGGACGCGCAGAACGCCAACAACUCGGCGCAGCGGCGCACGGCCCUGCUCAACUACGAGAACCUGCCGGCGCUGCCGCCCGUCUGGGAGACGCGCAAGCCUCACCCAGAGGCCACCGACGAGGAGGAGGAGGAGAACAACGUCUACGCGCCAAAGACUCCAUCGCUCAACAACGGCUACCACCACCACCACCAUCAACACCAACACCACCAUCACCACCACCACCAUCACCCGCAGCACACGCCCCACCCACUCCACCUGCACCACGGCGGUCUGGAUCCGCUGCACAACUACGUCAACACGGAGAACGUGACUGUGCCGCUCAGCGCGCACAAGCCGGACUCGGCCCGGCCGCCCCGACGGGACUGUGGCUCAUCCCAGCAGCCCACCGUCUUCAACUUUGACAUUCGGCGCGGCGUGGGCGCGGCAGGGAUUGUCGGUGUGCCCGAUCCGCUGCGGCAGUUGAACUAUAUCGAGGUGGAGAUGGAGAAGGGCUCGGACUCGAGCGGGCCGCACACGCCCAAGACGCCCACCACGCCGCUGCCGCAGACGCCCACACGCCGGACCGAGCUCUACGCCGUCAUAGACAUCGAGCGCACGGCGGCCAUGUCCAGCCUGCAGAAGGCGUUGCCGCGUGACGAUGGCACCUCCCGCAAGACACGACACAAUAGUACUGACCUGCCCAUGUGAGCCCGAACCCCCACAAACCUGACCCCGACCCAACCCAAGCACUGUCUCCAGUUGCACCUUUUUCGUUUGGUUUUGUUUUCUCGUCACGUCUUGUUAUUUUGUCCUUAAUUUGUUUUGUUUUUUAAUAUCCGAAGGUUAUAGGGCUGUGUUUUUGUUUUGAUGACCUUCUUAAAAUAUCAGCUUUGUAAUACAAAAAAAAGUAUCACCCAUUUAAAGAGAAAAGAAAGAGAGAUGGAUAAACUAGCCAAACGAACUCCCCCUUUCUCAGCGCUUACUGGCACCAGUGCCACCGGGUACUGAAAGCUGACCUGAAAGGGAAAGCAAACCAGGUACUUGUCAUAUAACACACUAUCCUCUUCCUUUAAAAAGCCUGACGACAUUUCUCCUUCAACAAGAUUCUCCAGUGCCUCACUUUAUAAAGGGUGAAUGCCUUGCAAAAAAAAAAGAAAGAUAGAAAAGACAAUUAUGGGACACUAUAGUGCAGGAUUCAUCAUUGUAGAUUUCCUCAGUUGAUACCUUCCUUCUUUCUGUGUUGUAAUUUAAGGACCACCAGUAGGUACACUGCAGUCACUUUAGUCUACUUGGUACAGUACAUGCCAAAAUAUCAUGCCCUCUUGUACACUAUAAAAAGCUGGAAUUUUUAUCUAGUUUAUGCUGGUUGUACUUAAGGUACUCGACUGGGCAUAUAUACACUAUACAUAAUGUACGUCUAUUUUAUUUUCAAUGAGCGACCCUUUUUGCAUGCACGUUUGAAUCAUCCUGAAAAGUACAUCGCACUCACAUCUUAAUACCUCGGUCACAGAGAGAGUUCCCCUGGACGGUUGGUGAUCGAGCAUGGUCAAGUGUCCUUAAUGACAUUCCUGAUUGUAUAAAACAUAAAAGAAGAAUAAUGAAAAAAGAUUGUUUACUAUACAAGAGGCAAACAGUUUCAUAGGAAUCUGGAUUCCGACGUGUCCUCCUGCUACGUUUUGUUAUUGUAUCAUAUUGUAAAAUGUACUAUAUGCUCUAACUUGCAUUAUUUUGUUUUUUGUUUUUUUUUCUACCUAUCUUUUUAGAGAAUACAUAGAACUAUAGGAAUUGUAUAAAAGUAGUUAAAAUAGAUAUGUUUAUCAAGCCAAUAAAACAGUAGUGACAAAUUGAGACCCUUUUUGCCAAAUCUUUUCUCACGAUACAAUGGUCUCUGAAAUCAGGAUUUCUCUAGGGGCCCACCCACAGCAUUAUUAAACAUUCCAGAUUGACCUCUGUCUGAGUCCAUUUUGUUCCUGGUGGGACACUGGACUGUGCAGUGAAAGGGUGUUUUCAUCCUCAUGUUACAUACGGAAGCUAAGAAUGGACUUUUUAUUGACAUUUCAUUUUGAUAUUGGCUUUUUCAGGUAUGGAUAUUAGUUUACCAAAUGUUUGUAUUUAAAAAAAAAAAAAAAAAAAAAAAAAAAAAAAGAUGAAAAGACAUUGUGUAUUUUGUGAUAUUUACAUCAUUAUGUCAUACGCCAUCAGUGCCAACACCCUAUUUUUUUGUAGCAUGGCAAAAUAAUAAUUAAAAAAGCAAAAAUCUUACAUCCUGAA